CGAAUAGGAACCUACCUAAAUCCCUAAGAUUGCCUAAUCUAUAGAGAUUUCACAUAUUAAAUAUAUAUUCCAUAACAACUACAAACUGUGAAUAAUGCCACCAAUCUCUCAAGUUGUUUGUUUGGAACUCAGAAAGACACCAUAAGAGGAGUCUUCCCAUGUCACUUGUGGUUGGUCUUAAUAGAGAAGACAAACCAGCUAAGUCAUGAAAUGUUUCCAAAAGGCUAACCAAUUCAAAACCUUCCCCGGGGAUUCGCAUCAGCAAGGUAUUCACUCUUCUGUUUUCACGUGCUGCUGUAUGAGUUAACUAUUGCAUAGCUUUCGAGUUUCUGUUUUUUAUUUCUUCGAUGUUGACUGUGGUAUAAAUAACCUGACAACGACAAACGCCUGCCGUCCUGGCUUGGGUUCUACUGUCAGCCCAAUAUAUCUCUGAUGGCUGAUGCAUCUUUAAGAAAAUAGAAUAUCUGAAAGCAAUUUGAUAGUUUGCCUGUUCCUUUCAGUUCUCUGUGCCAGUUGGAAUAUUUUACAUGGCAUUGUUGCAUAUUUGACUGUGACAUCUGCAUAAAAUGACAAACCAGACACAGAAAACAAAAGGGAACCAUACAAACAAUGUUGCAGAUGAUUCCUUUAAGAAAGCUCCAAUAGACGUGACAGCAUCACGCACUAGCAGACUAGAGCAUAAAAACUUGGUUUUACAUUUCACCUUACAACAAUGGCUAUCUCUAUUGUCUACUUGCUGAACAUUGCUUUCCUCGUUUUUGCAGCCUCUAAGGUCACUGCUGAAAUAGCACCUUCUGCAGACACCACCGACUACUCGUGCUCUGCUGACACUCCUGCAUCGUGUGAUACCUAUGUCACGUAUCGUGCCAGGCCGCCUUAUAUGGACCUGGGAAGUAUAUCUGAUGUUAUGGGAGUCAGCCGGUUAAGUAUAGUGAAAGCGAGCGGGCUAGCCUCAGAGGGAGCUCGUUUGUUCCCGGACCAGAUCUUGCUGGUGCCCAUCAAAUGUUUCUGCAAUGGAUCACACUAUUUCUCCAAUGUCACCUAUCAGAUCAAGAAAGGCGACAACUUGUACACAGUUUCAACUGGUGCCUUCGAGAACCUCACGGACUAUCAUCUCGUGGAAGAUUUGAACCCGACGCUGAACAUAAACAACUUGACAAUUGGCAUUGAAGCAGUCUUCCCUUUGGUCUGUAAGUGUGCUGAUCACUCAAUUUCAGACAAGGGAAUUCAGUAUCUUAUUACUUAUGUAUGGCAGCCCUUCGAUGAUGCCUCGAGUGUCAGCCAUAUGUUUGGAGCAUAUGCAACCGAGGUUGUUAGAGAAAACAAUUACCGAAAUUUCACAGCUGCCAUCUGUCUUCCAGUGCUGAUUCCAGUGAAAUUCCCCAUGAUUCUGCAGCCUCCUCCCCCUUCCAAAAACUCCAGACACAGGUGGAUUCUUGUUGCCGGUUUGAGUUUUGCAGGCUCUCUCGCCAUUGUUUUAUCACUCUUGAUGAUGGCUCACAUGAAAAAGAGAGUGUUGGCGCGCCAGUCUUCUUGCCUCGAAGCCUCUGAUCUUAUUCAGACAAAGAAAGACUCCAUAGAUGAGACCUUUGAACCCAAGGCCAUUAGUCAAGAUAAGCUCCUUCCUGGAGUUUCAGGCUAUCUUGGGAAGCCAAUAGUGUAUGAUCUAAACUUCAUCAUGGAGGCAACGAUGAAUCUCAGCGAGCAAUUCAGGAUUGGUAAAUCAGUCUACAGGGCGAUUAUCAAGGACCAGGCUGUUGCUGUCAAGAAAACCAAUGAUGCAGCAGAGGAACUGAGAAUUCUGCAGAAGGUAAACCAUGCAAACCUUGUAAAGCUGAUGGGUGUCUCAUCAGACAAGGAGAAGAACUUCUAUCUGGUUUAUGAAUACGUCGAAAACGGAUCACUAGACAAAUGGCUGUUCACCAAACCUUCAUCCUCAACCUCUGCAGCAGCAAUCCUGACAUGGAACCAGAGAUUACAGAUAGCCCUGGAUGUCGCCAACGCCCUGCAAUACCUACACGAGCACACCCAACCGAGCAUCGCCCACGGGGACAUCAGAGCCAGCAACAUCCUCCUGGACUCAAGAUUCAGGGCCAAGAUUGCCAAUUUCUCCACAUCCAAACAUGCAGCCAGUGAAUUAGCAGUGAAAGCAGACGUUUUCGCCUUCGGGGUCGUGCUCCUGGAGCUGCUGUCAGGGAAGAAGGGCAUGCAAGAUGGCGGAGAGAUUGUGAUGGACCCUAGUAUGAAAGGCUUUUACUCCAUUGAUGAUGCUUUGAGCUUGGCCGCCUUGGCAAAAGCAUGCACUUCAGAGAAGUGGUCUGAAAGACCAAGAAUGACAGAUAUUGUCUUUAACCUCAGCUUCCUCACUCAAUCUACGUUUGGGAUGUUCCAAAGUUGUUUCGCUUCUGGUGACGCCGAGGAGCCUCUUCACAUCUUAAGCCCAGUAACAGCUCGGUAAUCUGAUCAACCCAAGUGUUACAAUAUCCUAAACUGUGUAUUUUUUAGUAUUAGAAUUGUGCACUUUUAGAAUAUAUAUUGUGUUUCUAAGUCCAAACACAUAACAGCUUUAGAAGUAAAUUUGUAAAUACAAUACAUGGUGAUCAAAUCAGAAUCUGUUAAUAUUGUGUGACUGCAUAUGCAAUAUUUGAAAGAA